AUGACAGUAGCAAUAAAGCAACCAACGCAAACAAAAAAAUCAAUCGCCGCGGCGGUCGCCGAGGCCAAACCAGACAAAUGUUUAAUCAAGGGCGGUCACAACGUUGAAUCGUGCAGCUCUAGCACCUGCCGAUUGUGUCACAAGAAACACAACACACUACUGCACAUCCAAAGGGGCGAGGGCGCAAAUCACGGAAGUGAUUACCAAAUUACAACCAUCAAAUCGUCGCAGAGUCACAAAACACAAGGAAUCAAGCUUGCUUUCUCGAUAUUGCCCGAAAUCACAGUCAAUCUUCCAUUGUCGGAGAUCAACAAAAAGAACCUUCAAAUAGAGACCAUCACUCUAGCGGACCCAUCACUCCACACGCCAGAGAAAAGAGACAUACUGCUAGGAAGUUCCAUAUUCUGGGAAACUAUUGUAUUAUGCAUCGGUCAGAUCAAAUUAGGCAAGGUCAGAAAUAGCACAGAAAACAAGACUCGGGUGGAUCAUCGCGGGUCCUCUAGGCCUCCAAAGAUCGACGGAGAGCUCGAUCGCAUCCAACGUUUCUGGAAGGUAGAAGAAAGCCCCAUCCAAUCGGAGUUAUCAGACAACGAUAAGAUCUGCGAGGCAGAAUUCAUUCAAACACAUAAACGCAAUUUGGAUGGACGAUUUGAAGUUCGAUUAUGCGACAGCGUAGAUCAACUCGGAGAUCACACUCGCGAUAUCGCUAUCAAAAACUUUUUCAGCAGCGAGGAAUCUCAGACGAGUAUUUAUCUACCGCAUCAUGCAGUGUUAAAACCCGACAGCAUUACCACGAAGCUCAGGGUCGUAUUUGAUGCAUCAUGUCCCACGUCUUCAGGAGUAUCACUCAACAAUAUAUUCCGCUCUGGACCUACUAUUCAGCAGAAUCUAUUUUCCGUAACAAUGAGAUUCCGUCAACACCGAUUCGUUAUCACAGCAGACAUUAAACAGAUGUACCGACAAGUGCUUGUGCAGGAAGAUCAAGGAGACCUACAAAGGAUCGUAUAA